GACCAUCCCCCCUGGACUCCUGACGGAAGCAGCAGCUAGAGGGCGGUUGCGUGUUCCCGAGAAGACGACGACGGCCAAGCCCUCUUGUUUCGCGGGGGAGGAGCGAGGCGAAGCCGCGCCGAUUUCCAGCCACGGAUCGGCCGGCCGCCAAGACUUCCAAGUGUACCUACUUCCUCUGACGCUUCUACCACCAUUAGAUCAUGGAAGGUACUCUUUGAUGCUUAGAUCCAUGUUGGUUCUUUAUAAGUUCCAUCGGACAAAGCACGUAUAAGUUCUACAGUGUUGGUUUUUUCUUAGAAGCAGAAGUGUUCGGUAUGUUAAAGGUACAACACCGUUGUCCUUGGGUUUGAUGGUAAUACAUGAAAUUCAAAGUUACUUGCAACAACAUGUCUUCUGCAUCUUCAGGUUAGUGAGAUCUGGCAUCUACAGUAGACCACUUUCUUGAGAACGAAGCUGUAAGACUUAUUAGAUUUGGAGUUCAAUCUUUGGGGGCAUGAUUCAAUUCUGUUGUUUGUUUGACCUUCAAAUUGGGGCAUAUUUGGGCAUUAGAUUGGGUGAGGAACUGCCGUUUCAUCCAAUUAUCUGAUGGUCAGGUACUCAGGUACUAGUUGAUCAUUGCAUUGUAAGGAGAGUUUCUUUUCUUGUUUGACAUCUUGAUUUACCAAAAUCAAGAUCACAUUAAGGUCAAACAAAUGGACAAAUUUGGGCGCCUUGACUUACUAAGUGUUAAGUGAUGAAUGCUACAGCGGCAAAUGGGAGAGCUAAUCCAGUUGUUCUAUGCCAUCUGAGGACCUAUACUUUGUUCUCAAUGGAUAAUGAAAUAAUGUAUACACAGUUUAUCUUCAACCUGCGUUUACGUUAUCUGCGUCACAUAAGUAUCCUUUAAAUCAGUUCUGGAACUUGAUCUGAAAGUUCAGAGUUUACUAUUUUUUGGUUUUAAAAGGUCGAAUUUUGAACUGUUCAUUUUCAUAUGGUCUAUCAUUACUUGCCAGACCAGUAACCAGAGUCUCUGCUACUUCUAUGAGAUAUAAAAUGAGAUUUGCACCAGAGAACUUUUAUGCUGUAACAGAUUGUUAUGCAAGUACAAUGAUAUUGCCUUCUCUAGUUUAAAUCUGUAAAACAUAUACUGUAGUCAAAACCUUUUCUGUUUUGGCUGCUUAAUUAUCUCAGCACAAUGUUCAAAUGUUAACGUAAUGUUUUUGGAUAUGAUGGGAACUUGAUAUGUGCUGUAUGUGUUACACUAAAGUUAAAUAAGACACUGGAUAUGAUGGAAUCAUUGGGCUUUGGGCAUCUCUGAUCUGUGUGACUCUAAUCUCACGUCUUGCAGUUUUAAGGUUUGAGUUACCCUUAAUUUUUCGUGAAGUCUAAGCAUUUUUCAUUCUUUGUAUAUUUUCUUCUUUUCAGUGCUUUAAGUCCAUUUGCAGCUGCAUUUUGCUGGAAUGCUAAUUCUGAGCCUCUAAUUUUCCAGGUUAAGCAAAAUCUGCCCGCACUGUUCAUGUGUUAUGGCGAGACAUACUCAUAACAAUUCCCAGAUGUCCAGGAUGGAUCAUGUGAACCGGCUACAGAAUGAACCACCACCUUUUGGUCAAAAUUUAUUUAUGCAUCCUAGAAGUGAUGCACCAAAUGGAGCUCUAUCGUUAGAGUAUGGGAACGCAACAAUGAGAACAAAUGACCUUCCAUCCUCAAGUUACGCUGGGCAAUCUCAUACGCAGCAGAUUGUAGCCCCUAGACCCUUGCAUGCUUCCUAUGCUGGCUAUCCUCAUCCUGGAAGCUCUAGUAGCAUCUAUGCACCACAUAAUAGCCAGCAUCUGCCUGCUUUGAGCUAUCCGCAUAGAUCUGAGGAUAAUUUCAUUCUGAGUUCCCAUAUCGUUGACAGAAGUGUUGCACAGAAGCGAAGAAAUCCCAUUAUUCAUCCAAUGGAUGGAGCCAGUGUUGGAAGUUUCUAUGCUGCCAGUUCUUCCAAUGCUCAGUUUUCUCAUUACAUGCCUCCAAAUUCGAUCCCAGCUCCGGAAUCCUGCCCUCUCUCAAAGUUGGGUUCAAGACACUGGAGUGAACAUCACUUUGGUAAUCAUGGAGGAUCUCAGAGGAAUGUGAGAGGACGCUAUGAUCACAAUUCUAUUCAUUUGGGACACAGUCAAGCUGUAGCUUCCUCAUCAAGUAGCACUCAUGGACCACCACACCAUGCUAAUGCAAUUGCUCCUUCUCUACGUACAGCAGCUCCUUUUUCUGUACCACCAAGAGUUGUUCCCCCAGUGACUAAUGGCUACUCUAGCUUGGCAUUCAGAGAGAGGCCGUACUAUCCUGCUCCGCAGAGGACAAACAUAAGUGCUCCUGUGACAACACUUCCUGGUUCUUCUGACAAUGUACCGUUUGCGCAUGGUGGAUAUGCCCCCAGAGCAGCUCCACACAACACCGUCCACACUUAUCCUGCCCCAGUUUUUGCAACUUCCUCCAACUCGGGGGCAGUCUCCUAUGAGCCUGCUGUCCCCAGCUAUCCACCUGCUGUCCUGCCUGCUACCUCUGCAGCAGCAUCAAGUGUCUUGCCAUUUCAUGCUGAGACUACUGCAUCUUUGAGACAUCUAGGUCAUGCAACUGGAGGGCCCAGUGGUAGUGCAAGGAAUAGAAGGUUGAGGGAUUCCUACCAUAGUUUUCAUCCAUUGAUGAUUGAGGAAAAUAACUUGGGAAGAUCAGCGGCCGCGCGGUUUAUGAUGCUGGACCAGUUAGUUAUCCAUGAAUCACGAGAAGCGUCUGAUCCUCACUGGGACAUGAGACUGGACAUUGAUGACAUGAGUUACGAGCAACUGCUGGCUUUGGAAGAGCGAAUAGGAAAUGUCAACACUGGCCUGGCCAACGAAAAAAUUUCCAGCUGUGUGAUGGAGGUAGCCUGCUGCAGCUCUGGUCGCACCUGUACGCAGAAUGAUCAAGAGAAUGCAAGCUGCAUAAUUUGCCUGGAGGAAUACAAACUCGAGGACUCCCUCGGAAGGCUGAGAUGCGGUCACGACUUCCACGCCGACUGCGUCAAGAAAUGGCUGCAGGUGAAGAACGCCUGCCCAGUUUGCAAAGCUGCUGCUGCUGCAGACGAUAGCGGAGGGAUCAAAUGAUAUUUCUCCCCGUUUAUCCUAGGCCCAGGCAAAAUUAUCUGUUCAUUAUUCUGCUUUGGCUGUGUGAAUAAGUGGCCCCAGAACAGAAUUAUUCGUGAGCUGAAUGUGAACUCAGGGCUUGUUUCCGGAGGUUUACAUGACGGUAUUGUUUC